UCCCUCAACAUGUCGGCGCCGGCGGCCAAAGUCACCAAGAAGGAGCUCAACUCCAACCACGACGGGGCCGACGAGAUCUCCGACAAAGAGCAGCAGGAAGCGAUUGAACAUAUUGAUGAAGUACAGAAUGAAAUAGACAGACUGAACGAACAAGCCAGUGAGGAAAUUUUGAAAGUAGAACAGAAAUACAACAAACUCCGCCAACCAUUCUUCCAGAAAAGGUCAGAAUUGAUCGCCAAAAUCCCCAACUUUUGGGUUACAACAUUUGUCAACCACCCACAAGUAUCUGCACUGCUGGGAGAGGAAGAUGAAGAGGCAUUGCAUUAUUUGAUCAGAGUUGAGGUGACAGAGUUUGAGGACAUCAAAUCAGGUUACAGAAUAGAUUUUUAUUUUGAUGAGAAUCCCUAUUUUGAAAACAAGAUGCUCUCCAAAGAGUUUCAUCUGAACGAAAGUGGAGACCCCUCAUCCAAGUCCAGUGAAAUCAAAUGGAAAUCUGGGAAGGACCUGACAAAGCGCUCCAGCCAGACGCAGAACAAGGCCAGCAGAAAGAGGCAGCAUGAAGAACCGGAGAGCUUCUUCACCUGGUUCACCGACCACUCUGAUGCGGGCGCCGAUGAACUGGGGGAGGUCAUCAAGGACGACAUCUGGCCAAAUCCACUGCAGUACUACUUGGUACCUGAUAUGGAUGAUGAAGAAGGUGAGGGAGAGGAGGACGAUGACGACGACGAAGAGGAGGAAGGCUUGGAGGACAUCGAUGAGGAAGGUGAUGAAGAUGAGGGUGAGGAAGAUGAAGAUGAUGAUGAGGGAGAAGAAGGAGAGGAGGAUGAAGGAGAUGACGACUGAACACUGACAGAUUCCAACCACAGUCCCACCUUCCCUUUUCCC